GUAAAACUUGCUUUUUUUUUUUGUUAUGGCCAGAAAUGCCCCUAGAUAAACUGAGAUCUUGCUUGUUUUUUUAUAAUAUUAGCUGAUAUUGCUAGUGCUCUCAUCUUAAUGAAUUGCUGAAAGUGUAGUAGAUAUUUUACUCACUGAAAUUAAUCAAUAAAUAUAGUCAGUUUAGUUUUGAAUAUACUUUGACCUCCAGUCACUUCAGUCCCUGAGAUUUAUUUUCUUUUUUAUUUAUAGUGUUGUAAAAACACAACUUAGCUCUAGAUCAUUAGUGAAGUGUGGUACCGUUCAUCAGCUGAGUCCUGCUGCCCUUCAACUGUAUCCACAGUUACUUGCUGAGGCAAAAUUUCUGUGGAAGUUCCAUCUCUGGAAGCUCCUGUUUCCAGAAAUGGCAUUUCAACCCCACCUUCUCAGCAUUACUGUAGAGGUUGUGGCUAUGCCGUGGCAGAAUAAGAAGAGCUUCUGGAACUGACCAAGGUCGUAAGAGGGUUGUGACACUCCAGGUUCAACGUCAUCUCGCUGGGCACCAGCAGCGAAACUUUUCUGUCCAAAAUGGUUUAUGGUGAAUUUUUCCGCAGACCUGGCAAAGAUGCAGAACUUAUCAAUUUGAAUGUGGGUGGCUUUAAACAAUCGGUGGAUCAAAGCACCUUGCUCCGAUUUCCCCAUACCAGACUUGGGAAACUUCUCAAAUGCCAUUCAGAAGAGGCUAUUCUAGAACUGUGUGAUGAUUAUAGUGUUGCAGACAAGGAAUAUUACUUUGACAGGAAUCCUUCCUUGUUCAGAUAUGUUCUGAAUUUUUACUAUACGGGCAAACUUCACGUCAUGGAAGAACUCUGCGUCUUUUCCUUCUGCCAGGAAAUAGAGUACUGGGGGAUAAAUGAGCUGUUUAUUGAUUCCUGCUGCAGCAAUCUGUACCAAGAAAGGAAAGAAGAAGGUCCUGAGAAAGACUGGGAUCAGAAGAGCAAUGACAGAAGUAUAGACUCCUCUAAUGAAGAGUCAUCCAUAUUUGAUAAAGAGCUGGAAAAGUUCGACAAUCUGUGUUUUGGUGAAAUAAGAAAGAAGAUCUGGGUCAGAAUGGAAAAUCCUGCAUACUGCUUGUCUGCCAAGUUAAUUGCCGUAUCGUCCCUGAGUGUUGUCUUGGCGUCAAUUGUGGCCAUGUGCAUUCACAGCAUGCCAGAGUUUCAAAGGCUGGACGCCAAUGACAGGGAGAUUGAAGACCCUGUGCUGGAAGCUGUGGAGAUUACGUGCAUCAUCUGGUUCACUGCUGAGCUAGUAAUCAGGCUCAUCACUGCUCCAAGUCAAAAGAAGUUCUGGAAGAAACCACUGAAUAUUAUUGAUUUUGUCUCUAUUAUCCCAUUUUAUGCCACCUUGGCUGUGGACACAAAGGAAGAAGAAAGUGAAGAUAUUGAAAACAUGGGGAAAGUGGUUCAGAUCCUGCGGUUAAUGAGGAUAUUUCGCAUCCUGAAGCUGGCCAGGCACUCCGUAGGACUGCGGUCUUUAGGCGCCACUUUGAGACAUAGCUAUCAGGAAGUUGGACUCCUGCUUUUGUUUUUGUCUGUUGGGAUUUCUAUUUUUUCAGUGCUUGUCUACUCAGUGGAGAAAGAUGAUGACUCAUCAGAACUGCACAGCAUCCCCGUUUGCUGGUGGUGGGCAACCAUCAGCAUGACCACUGUUGGUUAUGGGGACACUUACCCGGUCACGCUUGCUGGAAAGCUGCUUGGCACCCUAUGCAUUAUCUGUGGGAUACUAGUGGUAGCACUUCCAAUCACCAUUAUUUUCAAUAAGUUUUCCAAGUACUAUCAAAAACAAAAAGAUAUCGAUCCAGACCAAUGCAACAAUGAUCGCAAAGAGAAAUGUAAUGACCUACCUUAUUUUAACAUUAGGGAUAUUUAUGCAAAAAAGAUGCACUCCUUCAUUUCUAGCCUUUCUUCAGUAGGAAUUGUAGUCAGUGACCAGGAUUCAACAGAUGCUUCCAGCAUCCAAGAUAUGGAGGAUGUUUAUAAUACAACAUCUUUAGAAAAUGGUACAGGAAAAUGAGUUGAAUCACUUUCUCUUCCCUUUAUUUCUCUUCUGAUCUUGGUAAAUGUGGACUUACAAACUUCAGUGACUUUAUUAAGAGCAGUUAAUUCUCAGGGUACUUAACUCUCAGCCAUAUUUGGACAUUCUUUGCUCUGAGGAUGCCAUACAAGCUUCAUUGUUUAUAUGAGGCUUUAAAAUAUGCCUCAUAUGGUGGUUUAGUUUUUAUACAACUAAUGUUAUGCAUUUUGGGGGAGAAAAAGUCAGGAAAAGAGUUUUAAAUGUGAGAUCGAUGUUUGUUUGUUUUUGUGGGGUAUUUUUGUUUGGUUAGUUGCUUUUUUCCCUGCAGCAAUCUGAUAGUUUAUACAGAAUCUGCUUUUAUAAUUUGCUGCUGUUCAGGCAGAGAUAUAUUGAAAACAUGUAAGAACUAUCGCACAAGUCAAUGAAGUUCUUACCUGCAAAUACAUCAGGAAAAAGAAGGCAUUAUGUACAUGUAAAACUGUGCUCACUAACACAUGUAAUCUUGAUGCUGGGAACCCGUUUCCUAAGCUGGGGCAGAAAAUGUAUUGUUACAUAUUGUUUUUACUCCAUGGAAGCAUAAUAUUUACGAAUUUCUUUCUGAAAGCACAAUACAUUUUGAGUUUGUUAAAAUAAAUUAAUCCCAUUGUGCCUAUAUUUUUCCCAGUGUCCAGCAUGGCCAAGCUCUAUCAGGUCCUAAGUGGUCUAAAUCACAAGUUGCAGGAGAAGUGUGUGGCGUAGGAUGGGACAGGAGCUUACCGUACCUUUUGGCCACCUGAGCAAUUCUGGUGCCUGGAGAGGAUCCUGCUGUGAUUAAGACCACCCUGGUGGCUUCCCUGGAGGCUUUGUUUUGUGGGCACUGAAGCAAACAUCAGUGGUGGUCUUUAGAUGUUAUUGCUCCCUGCUGUCAGCACUGCUCCUUUGCUGGAGGUCACUGCCUUGGAGGUAGGAGCAAAUGUGAGCAGCAUCUCAGCCGCGCUGGUUCUCAGUCCAGGGCUGUAAUGCCAAGCAAGGGAGAUGUGCGGACAUGCUCUCCUCUACCAUAUAUCACCCAUCAGAGAGGUAGGGUGGGCACUGCGUGUGGGCAGCCAUAUACUAAACUAUUUCAUCUCCUUCUUCUAAAGCUCAUCUGUUGGUGAUGGCAGCUUUCCUGGUUUGUACUAUGUGCUGGAGUGGUGCUCAUUGCCUGGCAGAGCGCUGCAGCUCUCUGCAUUCCUCUCCUCUCCAGGGAUUUCUUAUUCAGCCAGCUAAUCCCGCUCUGGUUCAGACUACGUCUUCUAGGGCUAUUUAAAAGGAAGCCCUUGAACCUAGCGUAAAGGAGUGCUGGGGAAACUUGAGGACCUUACAGAAGUCCCUUGUGUUCCAGAACACUCAUUUUCUUUCAUUUGUCUGGUGACUGAAUGAGGUGCUGGGCACUGGAGAACUGAAGAUACUGUGAUGUUGAUAUUUUCCUUAAAGAGAGGCUUCACUUUUUUUUUUUUCCCCUUUUGUUAUUGGGCCAAAUGCUGAAGCCCUUACUUAGUUUCUACUCAGGCAGAUCAAACUCAGUAGGAGUUGACUUCAAGGCUGAGAAAAACCAGGAGAUGGCAAUCGAUUUUAGCCUCUGCAGAGGGCUGAUUUUUCAGAUGUCUGCCAGGUUUUCUGCUGCAAAAUACACUGAGAAGGUGAGGUGCAUGGUAUUUACCGAGGCACAGAGCUCUAACCUUUUUCUGAGAUGGAGAAACAAAAAAAGAUGGGAUGGACCAACCUACACCUCAGAAAGAGGUGUCCUUCAGGACUGCUGUGCACCAAUAUAGUGUUAUGGGACUUAAAGAGAAUAUUUUGAGCUUUGGAGGAACUUAAAAAUUUGGCUUAUUACUUGCUGAGUGUCAUAAGUGUAUGUUGUGCUUCACAGAUAAUUAAGGUUAAUUCUUCCCAUAGUUAGUGCAGGAAUACCAAAAGGGAAAGUUAGCCUAAAUGUGUUUUGGUUUCAGUGGACAAUUAGCAUUACAAAGAUGCAAUGAUAUAAAAUAUUAAAUAUGUAUGUGCAUAUGAAUAUAAUAGGAAUCAGCAGAAUAACAGCAUAAAAACUACUCUCUGUCCAAAGAACCUCUCUUGGUAGUCUCCAUAUAAAGAUAUAUUACAAUGCCACUGAAGUUCAAAAGCAAUGAAAAAUAUUAUAAUGCAACAAAAACUGUGAGUAAUUUGUAUUAGAUAGUUGAAAAAAAGCUGUGACUGAAAAAUCUACUCUUAUAUAUAAGUCAUUACUCAAGGAUCACAGAAUAUACAACUUUUUGUAUUAAAAUUUACUGACUGGUAAUUUGUCAUAAAGUUUAUAAAUUCUUGAUCAAUGAUAUAAAUGAAUCUUAAGGCUGUGACACUAUUUCAGUUCCUCUGAGUUUUUUUUUUUUAUGCAUAGAUACAUCUUGCAGCAAAGUGAGGCAUGUCUUUUUGGAACAUAUCAGAAGGUAGGGUACGUACCCAUGUAUCAUGCAGUGUAUGUUAUUUUGAUUUCUGGGAUGAGAUCUCGGUUUUUUUCAGAUCAAUUUUAUCUUAAAAAUUGUUUUGUUUUUAUCUGUUCCCUUUGCUGAAAUAAAUCCAGCACCUUGGUUUCACAUAGGUGUAACUGGGAGCAGGAUGUGAGCUCUGUUUCAUGCCAAAAGAUACUCCCCUCGAGGCAGAACUGCAGUCCUGUGACAUGCACUGGUACGAAAGAGUGUCAGAAAAAAGCAGAUGAGAGCAUACUAGGAUACUGCAUGUUCCUCCUGCUAGUAAAGGUUUUUAGUAGAAUAAUUUACUAGUAAGAGAAGUGUAAGAGGGGAUUGUUUCUUAUUUAAUUUGUCUUCCUCCUUGGUCUGGAGUUAUAUACUAUCAAUAUAUAAUAUCAGUAUCAACAAAAGGUAGACUGUCUUUAUUGCUUUUGUAUUCCUGUACCAUAUGUUUUUCUUUUUAAAAAUACAUCCUAAAUUCUGUCCACCCAGCUGCUCUGUUUCAGUCACCAAAGCACAGAAGUUGUUACUGUUUCAAUAUGCAUCCCAUUUUGUAUGGGAGAGAUUUGUUUGUCUUUGUAUAAAACAGUUUCCUGGCAUGUUAUUAGCUUGUUUGUCUUAAGGGCAAAUGCUUCCCCUUCAAUAUUCAUUAUUUCCAGAGCAGCAUCCAUUUUUGCAGCGUUUUUCCCUAGUGUAGCGUGGAGAGGCACCACUGCAGUGAUGCAGUUGCUUGUUUGAACAGCUUCCAGCUGGCAAGGGGUAUCACCCAACUGCCCGCAGCUCGUGCCUUGCUGGGAGCAGGCCCUGUCGCUGCCACCAUUUUUCAGUGUGCGUUAGAAGAGGGAAAAGGCCAAUGUAGGGGAAUGAGAAAAGAGAAACAGGAGAAGGUUGGAAGCUGUCAGUCAAAAGGGAUGACAGAGAAGCCUGAGAGGACCUUAGGAGAAAGGAAAGGAGAAAGAAGUUGACAGCAAGAGUCCUCACUUGUUUUCACUUUUUUUCUUUUUUUUUUAUUUUAUUUUAUUUUCCACCAGUGCUUUUCUUCCUUUUCCUCCCCUUCUGCCUUGCAUCCCCUCCUACUACCACCCUGGCCUCCUUUCCCGCCCAGCCUGUGGUCCAGCAGUCCUGUUUCUGACCCAGAACAUGGGUCUUUCUGAGUCCAGAAAGGCAUGUUUCAUCCACCUGGAUGGCAGCAGACAGGACUUAGCGGCGAUGAAGUUACUGAGCACUCCUGCUGUGUGUAUAAGCAGUGACUAACACACUUACUGGCUGUGCUUUUUUGUAAGAAAAGUCACAAUGUGGCUCAAAUCAAUGAGUGUAAACGUGAGCUUAGUGUCAGGCACCGUAAUGCGAAAUAUUGCUGAUUAAAAGCAGCCUCCACGCUGACUCCUGUGUGAAUGGGUUGCUGUCAGGGAACGCUGAGAGGAUCGGGCAGACUUGACUGGCAAAGGCAGUACACGGCGUGCGGUGUGCCAAGGCUCCUGACAGGCUGCUGAGUAUUAAUAAAUUUAUUCAUUUCCACACAUUCUUAACAUCUAGAGCAAGUGACAGAAAACCACUAAGCUGUGGAGAGUUUCUCUAAUAUUUUUUGAUUAGCUGGCAGUGUUUCUGAAGCUGCUCAUACCUCUUCAUCCAAAAGAGGACAUUUCUCAAACAAAAUCAGAAUAACCCUGUGCUGGAUGUGCAAUUUGUGGCUGAUAGCAGUAGCUCAGUCACAAUUGGUAAAUAUUGCUGUCUGGUGCUGUAUGGCUGCAGUGCUGUUCCUUAUAUUUCUGAAAUAUUUAUGCUCUGUCAAUCAAGAGACAGCAGAUGCCUCUAAAACUAUCUCAGCACUUUCCUGCCGCACAAUAACUGCAGCAUCUCUUCCAAGCACAGCAAAAUGUCAUGACUUGCCGAGACCUCUUUUUUAAUUUCUUGUGUAUUUGUAGUUAAUUUUUCAUGAUGAGCCUAUGGUCCAAGCACAAUAUAGCAGAAGAAAAAGUCACUGUGUGUCUCUAGACGAGUUACAAGACUUUGUUAUUUACUUCCACUCUUGGCAUUGCCCUCCCACCUGACUGGCACAACUAAGGUGGCACAAGGAGUGGUAAUUCACUGUGUAUAGGCUGGUAGCUGUUACAGGUAGUUAAGGAGUAAAAGAGCUCCUGGAGGUUGGAUAUAGUUUAUACGUAAUUGUAUAUAUGCCCUCUGGGCAGAGCUCAUUUAAGUGUGUAAUAUAAUCAGAUUAAAUAUGAAAUAUGACACUUAAGAAACCACCUACAUCUCAUAUCUUUUUAAUGAAUAUAUUGGAGGGGGCAGUCUUUGCUCGGAGUUUUAGCAGGUCAUGGGCUGCAGGUCAAGGGCUCUUUCAUCCACACACACCCCAGUUGUUCCCACAUUGCAUAUACCAGUGGAAGGGAGAGGCUUUGCAGCGUCCCCAACGGGCCCAUGAACAUGUAGGCCAAGGAAUCAGGGUUCCCAAGCUGAGGAGUGGUGGUGAAGGGGAACCUUAACUGGUUCCAUAUUUUUUUCAAUUAAAACCAAUACCAUACAGCUUCAUGUGGUGACUUGCAAAGGUAAUCUGCUCUCACGGCUUCUUCAAAACUAUUUCAAGGUAGAGCCCAAAAAGGGCAUUGAUUACAAUGGUUUAAUCUUCAGUUGCUUUCUACUAUUUAAUGGCAUGUAUAUUGUCUGAGCUACCUAAUUUUUUAUGGCAUUCAUUGCUAUCUCCACUUAGAGAUUGGUAUAGCCUAAUUUUGUGUCAUUGUCUCAGGAUCUCUUAUGAAUCAGCAGGGCCAGAAAGACACCGUGGCAGAAGUCAUUUCCCCUAACCUCAGCUAUUAUAUGGCUGGUCAUUUGGGCUCUCUCUGUUGACAGAGGAUCAACAGACCUCCUCAGGAGACAUUGCAUCCUAUCUAUACAAAGGUCUUAUCUGUAGGUGGGUCCUAUCUGAAGACGGUGCUACAAGAAGCCAGUAUGAUUUAGUUAGGUUAGAUGCCUGGCCUUUUAGUAGCUGAAGUUAAUUCUGAUGAGUGCUAGACAACAAGAGGUAGGAACUUGAGUAUCCUCUGGUAGUGCCAUUCUUCCCCUCCCAACACUGUAUAGGUGGGAAGGACUGUGAUUCUGAUGUAGGCAUCUGAACUGGGUGACACAAAGCCAGAGGCAGGAAUCCAUUCUGAAGCCUGAAGGCUGGUCAGUGAUAGCCACUAGGUAAGGAUUAAUCCAGUGUAAUAUUGCUAAAAUCAGUUUCCUAUACAAGAAAAUCUGGACUUUCCCAAACAGCCUUGCUAGCUGUCUGUUAGAGUCUGUAAUGACACGCAAGCUGAAAUUCAGUCUCCUGUAGUAAUUAAAAAAACACAUAAUAAAAUGCUGGAGGGAGCAAACCGAUGUUGGCAAAGAGGCAGGCACAAUAUGCUGACACUACUUUUGUGACCCAACUUUGCAUUAUUUCUUGGCUUCCUGUAAGCCAUAUAAAAUAUUCUUACUGUGCCAUGUGUUGUAAAAUCUGCCCGUGCAUUAAUAUAAAUAAAAAAAUAAUAAAUAGCAUAAUAGUGAGCCAAGUCCAGGUAUUACAGAUGUCACGCUGGAAAAACUUCUGGUCUUGGAGAAAUUGCAGAAAUAUUGUUUAGCUGCAACUGCUGUUUUAAUGUUGCAGCUGCCUCGGUGGUGAGGAGGACCAAGGGACCAUGCACAGGUGCUGGUAGUGGUCUUCCCUUCCUUCCUUUGCACACUUAACACUGAGCUCUUCUUGGUUGAGCAGAUAGGCCGAGGAACCCCUGUAGCCUUGGGCACCGCUCAGCAGGCCUUUCUUGGGGCUGCUAGGUGUUGUUGGGUGAGAAAAUAAUGAGGUCUGUAUGAAAUGGCCUUUGGGGAGGUAGAAUAGCAUCACUGAAUUUGGUGUCAACACCCUCCUACACCUCUAAGAAAAGACCUGGGAGAAAAAGCAGAAGCAAGGAAGAACUUCAAGAUUCAGGUAUUUAGCUGCAGCCAUUUGAAGGCUUUUCUCUAUUGUGUUAAUCCAAGGGCUUUUACUGAAUCACAGGUAGAGAUCUGUAUAUAACCUUGAACCCAUUCCAUUAGCUGGAAUAAGAUGGUGUCUUCUCACAGGCUUUUCGUUUUCUCUAAGCCAGUUGCUAGAUGUUAUGUUGUCUGUGCCUCUCACGCUGACUGGAGUUUGGAUGUUUCUGAAGUGUUGCACAUGCUAUAAAUCAUCCUUGCAGCUUCAAUCACAUUUCCUAGAUACCGGGAAACUACAAGUGUGAAAGAGUUCAAGCAGUUUCUCUAGUCCAAUAUUAUUUUUUGACAGCACAAAGUGCCAUGCAUUUCACAGAAAGGGAUUUUCCCUGCUCCUGAACUGUGCAUCUUAGGACUUUAGGUGAUUUUCUUCUCAAUUAUUUAAAGACCAGCUUAGGUCCUGAGACAGGGAGAUAGAUAAAUUUGGAAUUUUAUUCCAGGUGGUGUAGCACCAAGUACACAAAUAACUAUCUAUUUCUUUUUUUUUUUUGAAAAUAAAGUUGCAAUUUUCAUAUUUGAAUUGUGGAGCUUUGGGAAAAAAAUGUGGUGAAUAACGAACUCAUGGUGCCAAAAAGCCAGCUGAAUAUUCGUGAGUGCACAGGAAUUCCUUAUGAACCAGAAGGAUGCUGGUGUCUGACAGCACGGCUUCACAAGCCUCCUGGGUGGAAGGCAAACCACAUUUUUUUCUCAUUUCUCUGCAUAUUUCAGGAGGGUAUGGAAUAAAAAUCUUGCUGUUCUGUGGUGAUGAAGAGUGUUCAAUGAAAUGAACCGCACACUGAAGUUAAGGCAGUUAAAAAUGAACAUGACUUUUUUGUAAACACCCCCCUUCCCUUGGGACAAUAAUUUUUCAAGUUGUUCCAACUUUUUUUUUUUAAACACAAAAACAUAAUGUACCAAAACCACAGCAAUAUUUUUCCUUGCUGGAUAUAUUUAAGAUUAAAUUAUCUCUAGUUAUAGGUGUGGAAAGAGAAAUGGCUGGUGGGUAGGAUGUGGGGGGUGCUUGAAUUUUUUUAUAAUUUAUUUUGUAAUUCUGUUCUUUUGCCUUUGGCAUCACACACUUUUGCAUUAGCAUUUUUUUGUAUUGACUGAACAAUAAAAAUAAAUAAAUACAAUUAAUAUUUAUCUGAGAAUUUAUUUAGAUAAUUUAACCUGA